GCGAAACCGAACUUCUACUUCCGGGGCACUGCGUCCUCGCGCUUGCAGACACCGGAGGGGCUUUCGUGCUCUCGCGAGAGGCGGGAAAGGGCGCAGGGUUUGAAACAUGGCGGACGACGUGGACCAGCAACAAACUACCAACACCGUAGAAGAGCCCCUGGAUCUCAUCAGGCUCAGCCUAGAUGAGCGAAUCUAUGUGAAAAUGAGAAACGACAGAGAGCUUCGAGGCAGGUUGCACGCUUAUGACCAGCAUUUGAACAUGAUAUUGGGAGACGUGGAAGAAACUGUGACAACAAUAGAAAUUGAUGAGGAGACGUAUGAAGAGAUAUACAAAUCAACAAAACGGAAUAUUCCGAUGCUCUUUGUCCGGGGAGAUGGUGUUGUGCUAGUUGCCCCACCUUUGAGAGUUGGCUGAGACAAAGAAUUUGUCCUGUGUGGAAAAUAGGAGACUUUGUAUCAUUGCCUCUUUAAACGUAGAAGACACUCAAAAGAGAACCUGCGUACAUUUUGAUAUUAAGAAAUGACCAAGAAUUCUUCCACUCCUGAAAUAAGUUGAUUUGCAGAUAACUAACAAAUUCUUAAGCUAAGUAGCAUUUUAAUUUUUCUCCAUCCCUUCUAAUAAAUGUGAUCGCCAAGAUGCAGAACUCUUUUUCAGGAGUUGAUCUGCUCCAUUGUUUUUUCGGACAAUUUCUGGGUCUUUUUCUUUAAAUUAAAUUUGAUGUUUCCUUUUUGAUUUUUAA